AUGGGGCGAGACAGAAACAUCAACACGAGUCUGACGAGAGCACUAACUUCAAGGCUAGCUGUCAACCCUGUAGCUCGUGGUGGUGGCGGCGAUGAGCGCAGAAUCAUGUCUCGCUCGCUCUCAGACAUUGUGGAGAUGCUGUCAAGGAGCUUGACGGUUUCGAUGUCGCAAAGGCAACGACACCAGUCCAUUGUCUGCACGCGUGUGGCCCUGCUCACCGCCGGCCCCCUCCGUCGUACGGUUUUGCCUCCGUGA